UGCAUACAGGCGCACAUUUAAAGCAACAGUACAAACAUUCAUUAAACUUAGGCAGGAGGAGGUCAUAGGAAAGGCGUUUUCCAAAGAUCAUUUAGUAUCUGAAGUAGCAGGAAGCGAAGGAGCAGAUCAAUAAAGAAGGGCAAGAGACAAAACACAUCCACCUCCUCCAUUUUGCCUUGCAACCAGCCAGAACAUCAACAUGGGAAAGGAAAAGAUUCACAUCAACAUCGUGGUUAUUGGCCAUGUUGACUCCGGCAAGUCCACCACCACCGGUCAUCUGAUCUACAAGUGUGGAGGAAUCGACAAGAGAACCAUUGAGAAGUUCGAGAAGGAAGCCGCUGAGAUGGGCAAGGGCUCCUUCAAGUACGCCUGGGUUUUGGACAAACUGAAGGCAGAGCGUGAGCGUGGUAUCACCAUUGACAUCGCUCUGUGGAAGUUUGAGACCGCCAAGUACUACGUGACCAUCAUUGAUGCCCCUGGACACAGGGAUUUCAUCAAGAACAUGAUCACUGGUACCUCUCAGGCCGACUGUGCUGUGCUGAUCGUUGCUGCCGGUGUUGGUGAGUUUGAGGCCGGUAUCUCCAAGAACGGUCAGACCCGUGAGCACGCCCUGCUGGCCUACACCCUCGGUGUGAAGCAGCUCAUCGUAGGAGUCAACAAGAUGGACUCCACCGAGCCCCCUUACAGCCAGGCCCGUUAUGAAGAAAUCACCAAGGAAGUGAGCACUUACAUCAAGAAGAUCGGCUACAACCCCGCAACUGUUGCCUUUGUCCCCAUCUCUGGAUGGCACGGAGACAACAUGCUGGAGGCCAGUGAGAAGAUGGGAUGGUUCAAGGGAUGGAAGGUUGAGCGUAAGGAGAGUAAUGCCAGUGGAACCACUUUGCUGGAGGCUCUCGAUGCCAUCCUGCCCCCGUCCCGCCCCACCAACAAGCCCCUCCGUCUGCCCCUGCAGGAUGUCUACAAAAUUGGCGGUAUUGGAACUGUGCCUGUGGGCCGAGUAGAGACCGGUCUCCUGAAGCCUGGCAUGAUCGUCAUUUUUGCUCCUGCUAUGCUCACCACUGAAGUAAAGUCUGUGGAGAUGCACCACGAGUCUCUGACUGAGGCUAUGCCCGGUGACAACGUCGGUUUCAACAUCAAGAACGUGUCCGUUAAGGAAAUCCGUCGUGGAUUCGUGGCUGGAGACAGCAAGAACAACCCACCCAAGGGAGCUGACAACUUCAACGCCCAGGUCAUCAUCCUGAACCACCCUGGCCAAAUAGGCGCAGGUUAUGCACCUGUGCUGGAUUGCCACACUGCUCACAUUGCCUGCAAGUUCACCGAGCUCAUCGAAAAGAUCGAUCGUCGUUCUGGCAAGAAGCUUGAGGAUAGCCCCAAGUUUGUCAAGUCAGGAGACGCCGCUAUUAUCAAUUUGCGCCCACAGAAGCCCAUGGUUGUGGAGCCCUUCUCCAGCUACCCUCCCCUCGGUCGUUUCGCCGUCCGUGACAUGAGACAGACAGUGGCUGUCGGUGUCAUCAAGGCUGUUGAGACCAAGGAAGCAUCCGGAAAGACAACCAAGGCUGCAGAGAAGGCCAUUAAGAAGAAAUGAAUGGUCGUGCAGGACAUCCAGCAACAAGAAGUGUGCCGGCAGCAGCGGGCCAUUCCCUUCCCCCUGCCAUGCCCUCACCCUAGAUCAUCUUCUCUGUGGCAGAUCUCGUUACUCAAGGACUGGCUUAUGCUGAUUAAAACCCAUCGCAAAAGUUUUCGCAGGAAAAGAGCUACAUGGCAUUGUCACUUACCUGAAUCACAUGACGGUGCCUCUUCUCAGUUAAGUUUAAGUUGGAAAUGUUGUUCAAAUGCCACAAAUUUAAUUGGAAAGAAAGCAGCUGGUAACUAAUAAAAUAAAUGUCUUUGGAAAAAUUGAAAAA